AUGUCGCCUUUCCCUCGCCAUUACCUUCGCCCCCCCUUUACCCGUCGCACUUCGCGUACCCUCCCCGUUUCCCCUCCCAUCACCCACUUCGUUACAUUCUCGCUCACCCUGAAACGCCCUCUCGUCGCCCUUCCUUUCUCCCCUCCCGUCACCCACCUCGUCGCCUAUGCGCUCGCCUCGAAAUCGAGGCGCACUCUCGUCGCCUCCCACGUCUCCCCUCCUAUUACCCACAUCAUCGUCGUCGCCCUAAGCCCGCAAUGCCCUCUUGUUGCGCACAGUCGACUCUCCUCGCCCAUCGCCCUGCCGCUGGCCUUGAAACGCCCUCGCGGCUCCCUUCUUCACUCCCCUCCCAUUACCCACUUCGUCGCCUUUGCGCUCGCUCUGAGCCGCCCUCCCGUUGCCUAUCAUCUCUCCACUCCCAUCCCGUCGCCCUCGUGUUCCCCUCUCAUCUCGCCCUCGAACCGGGCUCUUAACCUUCACAAGCUGCCACCGCGCUUGUGCUUGUCACCUUCCCCCGCCAUCGCGCUCACGUUCUCCCCUUCCCCCGCCAUCGCGCUCACGUUCUCCCCUUCCCCCGCCAUUGCGCUCACGUUCUCCCCUUCCCCCGCCAUCGCGCUCACGUUCUCCCCUUCCCCCGCCAUCUCGCUCACGUUCUCCCCUUCCCCCGCCAUCGCGCUCACGUUCUCCCCUUCCCCCGCCAUCGCGCUCACGUUCUCCCCUUCCCCCGCCAUCGCGCUCACGUUCUCCCCUUCCCCCGCCAUCGCGCUCACGUUUUCCCCUUCCCCCGCCAUCGCGCUCACGUUCUCCCCUUCCCCCGCCAUCGCGCUCACGUUCUCCCCUUCCCCCGCCAUCGCGCUCACGUUCUUCCCUUCCCCCGCCAUUGCGCUCACGUUCUCCCCUUCCCCCGCCAUCCCGCUCACGUUCUCCCAUCUUCGCACCACCUUCGCGCUCAUGGUCUCCCCUCCCAUCUCCCUCGUGCUCACGUUCUCGUCUCUCAUCGCCUUCUCGCUCGCACCUCCCGUCCCUUCCUGUUGCCCUCGUGUUCUCCCGUCCCGUCCCGUCGCCUUCGCGCUCGCACCUCCCCGGUUUUUCCGCGACCUCUUCGCGACGGGCGUGGGCGCAGGGCUCACUGUGCGACACACGAGCGACAUGGGGCGAGGGGUGUUUGCUGACGUGGAUUUCAAGGAGGGUGACGUGGUGCUGCAGGAGCCUCCGUUGGUCAGCAUGCAACACUCUCACAAUAGGGCCCGAGCCCUGGUCUGCUCCCACUGCUUGCGUUUCAUUGGUCCGCUGGAGCAAGCUGUUGCCCGGCUGCUGACGUGGCAGAAGGGAAUGAGAGAGGAGGAAGAGGUAGAAAAAGGCGAGGAGGAUCAAGAGGACGCUAAGGAGGACAAGGAGGAAAAGGAAGGCGAAGAAGGAAGUAAAGAGGAAUCACCAGGAGCAGCAGCAGCAGUGGAGGGGUUCAUAGAGCAGUUGUCAAGCGGGCAGCUGAAGCUGCCUCAUGCGGAGUGUGUGGGCACGUUGCCUUCUGCUGUGCCGUGCCCUGGCGGCUGCACUCAAGAGACCUUCUGCAGCGCCACCUGUGCCACGUCAGCAUGGGCGGAUGGUCAUGCCAUGCUGUGCGUGGGCCAUGCCUCACAUGCCAAGGACACUGAGGCCCUGAAGGCCUUCUAUACCCAUGCUGAUGGCCAAGGAUCCGCUUUUGAGUCGACUCAAAAGCGUGAGCCAUGCCUCACGUGCCAAGGAUCCGCUUAUCUGAAAUCACUGCAUCGCAGCCCACCUGUCUGCUACUGA